UUUUUUAAUUUUUCUAGGUUUUAUUGCUAUGGUUAUGUUGAACCCUAUUUUCAGAAAGGCCAUUAUGUUAAGCCCAGUCUCAGCAUGAGCUAAGCAUCAGCCCCUGAGUUUAUCAUAAACCCUGCCUUGUAAGGGCUGUUACUGAAGGCCCUAAGUGGGAAGUGAUGUCCAAGGGAAGGUCAUUGUGGAGAAGUUCUGAGAGACAGAGGCCAAAUCAUGGUUACAAAGAGCUGGACCGGGACUCGGACGAUGAGGAUCAUUGGUUCGUCUCAGAUGAUGAGAGCCCAACGGGUUGGGGUUCCCCUCCCAUUGACAAGAAUGAAAUUCCCAUGGAUGACUUUGUGACUGAUGGGCUGAAAAGUCGUCAAUCAAGGCAUCGUCUGCAAGGAAUGGGAAACGGGGAGGUGUUGAUGGAGGAAGCCAUGGGUUCAUCUCACAUCCGUGUUUCCAUUCCAACCUGCAUAUUGGAGAAGGAAAUCGAGCCCAAUGAUACCUUACAAGGGUUGGCUCUCAAAUAUCACUGCACGGUGUCAGAGCUGAAGCGGCUGAACAACAUCUCAACAGACCAACACAUUUACGCUUUGCGAGUCCUCAAGAUCCCAGCCAAGGAGCAUGGACUUCUGACUGAGAACCUCCCCCCACCCCCUCGUCUUGGACCACGGUACAAACCCCGACUCCGACGGGUGUCAGAUGGCAGCGACUCCGAAGAUGACCUCUUUGUGAAGACAGUGAGCAUUGGGAAGACUUUCCAUGGUAGGGACUUCCUGGCUGCAAUGGACCGGGACCUAGAGGCAAUUCGCCUCAAGACAUCCACAUCCAAGGCUUCAUUGGAGGAUGUUGUGGACACAUUGAACAGCAAGCGCUUCCAUCCCAUGGCCUUUGAUACUCAGACAUCAACUGGGACACAGUUGUGCUCUGGAGCCGACUGGGGUCUUCCGUGGGUCAAGCUCAUCAGUUUCUCCAUUUGUGUUGUACUUGUCUUGCCCCUCCUUGGCUUAGGAUAUUACUGGUAUGUCCACCCCCACAUGUUUUCUUGACAAUUACCAUACCCCCUUAUGUGGUGCCAAUGACAUUCUUAACUGUGAUCGGAUCCACUUAAAAAGAAAGCAGUAUUUUUACACAGUUUCAUAACAUGGCAUCUCUGAUCCUCCUCUAGGGAACCAUUUUCAGGAUGGCUCUGAAAUGAAGAGGGCAUUUCUCCAAGAUCAGCUAACCCAUACUACUUGGGUAAAAAAUGUCAGGUCAAAACAAGCUACUCUUAUAGCACAUGCAGCAUUUAAGAAUAGUUGGAUUGGUCAAGAACUACAACUGAUGCCACAUUGGAUGUCAGUACAGUGAAUACAACCAAGACCAGGUGGCACCUUGUAUUCACUGUAAUGAGUCUUCAAGACCAGCUGAUCACACCUGAAAAUUGUGUGUGAAGUUCUGCAACUCUUCACACAUUCAAUGAGGCAUAGUUUCUGAGUCAGUUGCUCCCAGUGAAUCAAUUCCCUUCAAUGAUUGAGACAAACUGACAAUUGCCUCCCCACAAUUGGGGAAUUCUAUUGGCAAUUGAUGGGACUAUGAUUAAGCUGUGAUAUGAAAUAUGUUUAUAAUCACAAUUCAAAAAUGCAGUAAGAGAGUCACCUGCAAUCAACUUAAUUUUCUACUCUGAAAACAAGAAGCAAAAACAACCCUCUGGUGAAAAGUGGAUUGAAACUGAGGGUUGUUGACCAAUUUGCCCAUCAAGUUGUGCAACUCCUGCCCUUAAUCUGCACUGACUUUUUGAAGGAGUUCUAUUGACCAUAACUUUUGACCCAGUCAACCCAAUUUAUACAAAUAGUAUCAUGAAAUUAAGAAGUAUUUUCCUUUUUCCUUAUGAAAUUUUAGGUGUUAUGGAUAAGCUGAUUCUGGAGAAACCCCCUUCAGAAAGUUGUUCUUUAUUUUCUUUUCAAGCCAUCCU